AUGAGCGACCCAACCUCACACCACCAACGGCGAUAUCCAAGUCACAAGAUUGCCAAUCUGGUAAAAAGCAAUGGAGCGCAACGCAUGCGAGGCACGAUGCAUGCGAAGGCCAAAUUUAGCAGCUUCGACCACUCUGCUCUUGAUAACCGAGGUCUAGUUUCUCUGCCGAUGCGGGACUUCUCUCUCGGAGGCAUCGAAUACAAGGCGUAUGGGAGUAUUUUCUUAAUACAAAAUCCUGCCUUCUGUUCUCGACCAUCAGAGGUUCCAGAUUCCAUUCUCCUCUGGAAUGGUAGGGUUUAUAACCACCAAUCGUCCGUGUCGGAUACUCAAUAUAUUGUCGAGAAACUGACUGCUUGUGAUGGUUCUACCGAUGCCAUAAUUCGCCUCUUUGGUCCCAUAUGCGGUCCUUUCGCCUUCAUUCUUGUGAAAAGAUCAGCAAAACGAAUAUUUUUCGGACGUGACAAGUUUGGUCGGCGUUCACUUGUCUGCAAUUCCGAUCUCUCUCAUUUGGGCAGCCUCUGUCGUUCAGAUAACGGAAUUUUUACUGAAGUCCCAGCCUCGGGAAUAUACGUGGCUUCUGCAACAACAGGCGGGGGAUUUCGAGUCGAUUCUUGGUAUCCCUGGUCCGAAGAUCACCUGCAAUUUUGGCUUUCACAUCCUUUUAACGCGUCUGUGAAAAGUGAAUCCGUCUUGAGCCAUUCUGAGUUGAGAACCCUUCAACACUUUGAUAGGCACGAACCAGCAAAUAUUCUACUGAGUCUCCUUAAAGAAGCUGUUGCUGUUGGGGUUCGCCUAGUUGCACCAACUUGCCAAACAUGUUUUAAAUCAGGUACCAAAUCGUCGUGCUUACACACUCGAAUUGGCGUUCUCUUCUCAGGGGGCCUUGAUUCAGCCGUUAUCGCAGCCCUAGCUGACGGGUAA